CGCUGCCACAGAAAGCCACCGAACGCCGCGGAGGUUGCCGCCAUGUGCCGCAGAAGCAGUUGAGUCAAGUGAGGAAGGGAGAGGAAGGGAUGACGACGACGACGACGACGGAAGACGACGAAGUAGAAGAAGAAGCGAGACGAGGGGGAUGAGGAUCCACAUGAUGGGAGGCGGCGAUUGUGGGGCUCCUCCUGCAGCGGCGAUCAGUUGCGAACGAUGCAUACUCUUGUCAGCAACCGAUCGGAGAUCAAGCCCCAGGCCAUGCUUGAGCAUGAGCUCGACCACGACAGCAACAACAAAGACGGCGACGGCGCCGAAGCAUUGCAGUACCUCUUCUCCAUUGACCCUGAUGCCGGCGACUACUGCCAGCCUUGCAGUUACCCUCGCCACGCUUCCCCCGCCGCCGCUCCGCCCCAUGUUCCCGACUCCAUCCCCCACAACACGCUGUCUUCGUCGUGUAGCUACGGAAUCCAAGCCCUCAUCAACAAUGUCCAUCGCGGUUACAUCAAUGACGACGAUGAUGCGCCCAUGAUGAGCCCAGUCCCGGAGGAUUUGUCUCAACAGCAGGAGUCCGAGACUCUGAGGCAAUGGAAAAGGAAGAAGGAAUUAGAGCUUCAGGAAAAGCAGAGAGAGACGCAGAUCAAACAAGAUCGCAUUUUGGAGCAUGCGGCAAUUGAACGGGAAAAUUUUUACAAAGAAAGAGAAGUACAGAUUGAGGAGAAGAAACGACUCAACAGGGAGAAAGAAACGAAAUACCGAGCAGAUGCCGAAAUGCAGCAGAAGCUUGUGGAGGAUAACUUGUGGGCGGCAGUUGCAGCUCUCAUCGACCUCAACGGUGAUCAAACCGAUGGGAUGAUGACGGCAAAUGGAUCUGGAAAGCAGAUUUCUAAAUCACAGAUCUCAACUCCUAAGAGGGUCGAACAGAGGAGACUCAAGGAAUACGCAGUGAAACCAACGAAGAAAACCACUGAUUUGUCACGCAUGAGAGAGAUUCUCUUGAAGCUUCAGCAACGACCAUUGGUGCGCUCGUCUCCACACUUUGCAGGAAAAUCACCACUGGAGAUGGAGCGAAACAUGCAGUAAUAUUCCUGCUGCCAUAACUGGAUACUACACAGCCCAUUUUUUGACGUGUCUGGAUGUGAUGCAGGGAUGAGAGCGUGUCAUUCUACUUAUAUAGAUGACAAAAUUAAAACAUCAAAUGUUACACUCCAAUAGAGCGAUAUAUAUAUUUUAAACGAGUUGUAACAUAAGUGGUACCUCAGAACAUGGCUGAGGAAUAGUAACGGCGCACUAUUCUACUCUAAAUAAGUUACUUCUCCUGUA